GUGAAUGGGGACGUGGCGGCCACACGGCCGCGCCCACGCCACCCGCAGUACUCAGCUGGGGAUGGGGCUGGGGCUGGGGCUGGAGCCCGCCGUCCCAACAAGCCCGGGGACGAGAGUUGGGCGGGAAUCCGCUCCACGCAACUCGGCGCGGUCCCGGGGACGUGGCGCUUUCCAGCCAAUCCCAGCUAUGCGAUUGUUAGACCAAUGGCUACUCGGGGAAGCUAUGCGUCAGCGGCGGGUUUGCUGAUGAUUGGUCGGAAGGCCGCCGGCGAGGCGGAUGAGGGCGGGACGCGGACCCGCUUCCGGUUGGGCGGUGCUUGCGCGCGUGAGCUGAGCCGGUGGGUGAGCGGCGGCCACGGCAUCCUGUGCUGUGGGGGCUACGAGGAAAGAUCUAAUUAUCAUGGACCUGCGACAGUUUCUUAUGUGCCUGUCCCUGUGCACAGCGUUUGCCUUGAGCAAGCCCACAGAAAAGAAGGACCGUGUACAUCAUGAGCCUCAGCUCAGUGACAAGGUUCACAAUGAUGCUCAGAGUUUUGAUUAUGACCAUGAUGCCUUCUUGGGUGCUGAAGAAGCAAAGACCUUUGAUCAGCUGACACCAGAAGAGAGCAAGGAAAGGCUUGGAAUGAUUGUAGAUAAAAUAGACGCGGAUAAAGAUGGGUUUGUGACGGAGGGGGAGCUGAAAUCCUGGAUUAAGCACGCCCAGAAGAAAUACAUAUAUGACAAUGUUGAAAACCAAUGGCAGGAGUUUGAUAUGAAUCAAGACGGCUUAAUCUCCUGGGAUGAGUACAGAAACGUGACUUAUGGCACUUACCUGGAUGAUCCAGACCCUGAUGAUGGAUUUAACUAUAAACAGAUGAUGGUUAGAGAUGAGCGGAGGUUUAAAAUGGCAGACAAGGAUGGAGACCUCAUUGCCACAAAGGAGGAGUUCACAGCUUUCCUGCACCCUGAGGAGUAUGACUACAUGAAAGAUAUAGUAGUGCAGGAAACAAUGGAAGAUAUAGAUAAGAAUGCUGAUGGUUUCAUUGAUCUAGAAGAGUAUAUUGGUGACAUGUACAGCCAUGAUGGGAAUACUGAUGAGCCAGAAUGGGUAAAGACAGAGCGAGAGCAGUUUGUUGAGUUUCGGGAUAAGAACCGUGAUGGGAAGAUGGACAAGGAAGAGACCAAAGACUGGAUCCUUCCCUCAGACUAUGAUCAUGCAGAGGCAGAAGCCAGGCACCUGGUCUAUGAAUCAGACCAAAACAAGGAUGGCAAGCUUACCAAGGAGGAGAUCGUUGACAAGUACGACUUAUUUGUUGGCAGCCAGGCCACAGAUUUUGGGGAGGCCUUAGUACGGCAUGAUGAGUUCUGAGCUGCGGAGGAACCCUCAUUUCCUCAAAAGUAAUUUAUUUUUACAGCUUCUGGUUUCACAUGAAAUUGUUUGCGCUACUGAGACUGUUAUUACAAACUUUUUAAGAUAUGAAAAGGCGUAAUGAAAACCAUCCCGUCCCCAUUCCUCCUCCUCUCUGAGGGACUGGAGGGAAGCCGUGCUUCUGAGGAACAACUCUAAUUAGUACACUUGUGUUUGUAGAUUUACACUUUGUAUUAUAUAUUAACAUGGCGUGUUUAUUUUUGUAUUUUUCUCUGGUUGGGAGUAUGAUAUGAAGGAUCAAGAUCCUCAACUCACACAUGUAGACAAACAUUAGCUCUUUACUCUUUCUCAACCCCUUAUAUGAUUUUUAAUAAUUCUCACUUAACUAAUUUUGUAAGCCUGAGAUCAAUAAGAAAUGUUCAGGAGAGAGGAAAGGAAAAAAAUAUGUGCUCCACAAUUUAUAUUUAGUCUUGCCUAUCAAAAAGUCCAACAUUUCAUAGGUAGUAGGGGCCACAUAUUACAUUCAGUUGCUAUAGGUCCAGCAACUGAACCUGCCAUUACCUGGGCAAGGAAAGAUCCCUUUGCUCUAGGAAAGCUUGGCCCAAAUUGAUUUUCUUCUUUUUCCCCCUGUAGGACUGACUGUUGGCUAAUUUUGUCAAGCACAGCUGUGGUGGGAAGAGUUAGGGCCAGUGUCUUGAAAAUCAAUCAAGUAGUGAAUGUGAUCUCUUUACAGAGCUAUAGAUAGAAACAGCUGGAAAACUAAAGGAAAAAUACAAGUGUUUUCAGGGCAUACAUUUUUUUCUGGGUGUGCAUCUGUUGAAAUGCUCACGACUUAAUUAUUUGCCUGUUGAAAUCACUGUAAAUACCCCCAUCCGGUUCCUCUUCUUCCCAGGUGAGCCAAGGAAUUAAUCUUGGUUUCACUACAAUUAAAAUUCACUCCUUUCCAAUCAUGUCAUUGAAAGUGCCUUUAACGAAAGAAAUGGUCACUGAAUGGGAAUUCUCUUAAGAAACCCUAAGAUUAAAAAAAGACUAUUUGGAUAACUUACAGGAAAGCCUAGAACCUCCCAGUAUAGUGGGGAUUUUUUUCUUCUUCCCUUUCUCUUUUGGACAAUAGCUAAAUUAGCAGUAUUAGUUAUGAGUUUGGUUGCAGUGUUCUUAUCUUGUGGGCUGAUUUCCAAAAACCACAUGCUGCUGAAUUUACCAGGGAUCCUCAUACCUCACAAUGCAAACCACUUACUACCAGGCCUUUUUCCGUGUCCGCUGGAGAGCUUGAGCUCACACUCAAAGAUCAGAGGACUUACAGAGAGGGCUCUUUGGUUUGAGGACCAUGGCUCACCUUUCCUGCCUUUGACCCAUCACACCCCAUUUCCUCCUCUUUCCCUCUCCCCGCUGCCAAAAAAAAAAAAAAAAAAAGGAAAAGUUUAUCAUGAAUCAACAGGUUUUCAGUCCUUAUCAAAGAGAGAGAUGUGGAAAGAGCUAAAGAAACCACCCUCUGUUCCCAACUCCACUUUACCCAUAUUUUAUGCAACACAAACACUGUCCUUUUGGGUCCCUUUCUUAGAGAUGGACCUCUUGAGAAGAAUUAUUGUAUUCCACGUUUUUAGCCCUCAGGUUACCAAGAUAAAUAUAUGUAUAUAUAACCUUUAUUAUUGCUAUAUCUUUGUGGAUAAUACAUUCAGGUGGUGCUGGGUGAUUUAUUAUAAUCUGAACCUAGGUAUAUCCUUUGGUCUUCCACAGUCAUGUUGAGGUGGGCUCCCUGGUAUGGUAAAAAGCCAGGUAUCAUGUAACUUCACCCCAGCCUUUGUACUAAGCUCUUGAUAGUGGAUAUACUCUUUUAAGUUUAGCCCCAAUAUAGGGUAAUGGAAAUUUCCUGCCCUCUGGAUUCCCCAUUUUUACUAUUAAGAAGACCAGUGAUAAUUUAAUAAUGCCACCAACUCUGGCUUAGUUAAGUGAGAGUGUGAACUGUGUGGCAAGAGAGCCUCACACCUCACUAGGUGCAGAGAGCCCAGGCCUUAUGUUAAAAUCAUGCACUUGAAAAGCAAACCUUAAUCUGCGAAGACAGCAGCAAGCAUUGUAUGGUCAUCUUGAAUGAUCCCUUUGGAUUUUUUUUUUUUGGUUUAAAUCAAGCCUGAGGCUGGUGAACAGUAGCUACACACCCAUAUUGUGUGUUCUGUGAAUGCUAGCUCUCUUGAAUUUGGAUAUUGGUUUUUUUUAUAGAGUGUAAACCAAGUUUUAUAUUCUGCAAUGCGAACAGGUACCUAUCUGUUUCUAAAUAAAACUGUUUACAUUCA